AUUUUAGAAUAAUCGGAUUUUCCCCAUAUUAUUUUUUCAGCUUACUGAUCAUAGAUCUGAAAAGUAAAUAGGACUCUCAAUCAUGUCUGACCACCUAAAGAAAUAUUUAACUACCCAGCUCGAGCUAUUGGACGAGUCAAGUUUUCAUCUACAGAGUAGCAUCAGUCAUUUUGUACAGCAAAUUAAAACAAGAGUAAUAGAAUGUAUACACAAUACUUCUGACACCAACAUUACAUUGAAAGACGCAGUUGUGGUUGUAGCAACAGCACAGAGUACAAUACUAGAAUACACAGACAAUUUCACGGAAUCCACAAAGAUGACAGGAUAUAAGAUAACACCCAAAAGUAAAAGUUUAAAAUCAACAGUAGAAAAUAUUUUAACAGACUCUACACCUGCUCAAUUUUACAUUAUAUCUAAAGUUUCAAUUCAUGCAGAAAAAAUAAGAAGACUUGAAGAUAUAGAAACAGCAUUAACUUCUCUACAAGACACAAAACAAAAGACUAAAGAUGACAUCUCAGAAUUAAAACAAUGGAGAGACAACUUUGUAACAGAACAAAGUGAAAUGGCGGUGAAAAUUAGCAAUGUGUCUAAGAAACAAAAACAGAAUUUAAAAAACUUAAAAAAACAACAACAUGAACAAGACAACAAAAUAGAAGAGAUGAACAAAGUAAUUGAAAAAUUAGAAGAAAAAGAAUCAACAACAAACAAAGCACUAGAGGAACUGUCUCUAGUUUUGAAAGACCAUGAAAAAAACUUAUACAAAAUAAACAAAGAGAUCCAGAAUCACACAGACAAAAUAGAUCAUUUAACCCAAGAAAUUAAAAUACAUUCUGAUUUGAUAACUACAACACAAGAAAAAUUACUGUCUAAGCAUGGUGUUGUUUGUCAACUUCUACAACAGAGAUUGUCGCCUAUUGACAAAAUGAUUCAAGCAAAUAACAGAAACUUAGAGACUACCAAGGAAAAAUUGAAUAAGAUUGAAACUCUGGAAAAAGAUGUUUUAAAGUUGUCACAGGAUUUUCAGGUAUUUGCGAAUCAACAAGUGAAACAUCCAGCACCAGGGUUUUUUGCUUCACAAGGUCGCUGGGACGGGAAAAGAUAUGACAACGUUAUUACAUUCAUGGCUGUAGAACGUAACGUAGGAAACCAUUUUGAACCAAACACUGGAGAGUUUACCGCCCCUGUUGAUGGCCUGUAUAAAGCAAGUCUUACAAUAAAACGAACGGGAUAUCGUGCUGUACAAGCUGGUGUUUAUCACAAAUCUGGUGGUGUGUUGUCACGGCCCGGGAAUGUUUGGACACAAGAUAAAUCUGUAGAAGCUUCAAGGACGUUUGAGGUUAAGAUGAAAACUGGAGAUGUUUUAUUUUCAGCCACUGACUUUACGGAUUUGGAAUGUUCACAUUUUUCUUGUUCCUUUCUUGACGUCUAA